CUGAUAGCAGUCCCUAGUCUGAUAGGCUAUAUAGCUGUAUUAUUUCAUUGGUAUCGAAAGGCGUUCUGUUUGGCGUUAAUAUCGUGAAACAACCAAUACACCCUUCAAUUGAGACAUGAAGCAGGGAUUUCUGUUCCUUCUGGCGACAUUGAUGCUGCUGUCAUUGGUGUUUGUGGCCUGCCUGGCCUUGAGGGAUUAUUUCAGCAGGAGUCCACAGCCUGUCCAGAAGAAUGUCGUAGAAUACCCAACGUUCGCGGAGAGCUGUUACGAUUACGUGAAUUUCACCGCAGAGAAUGUUUGCUGCAAGAUGAAGAAAUACAAAGCAAGUGAUGUGCUUCAGUGUGCCAGGCGAUUCAACGGGAGGGGUGCGAACAGCAUCUACCAAGCCAACUCGACCGACUUGCCUGCAGUGACCCACAUUGCCCUGGUGGGAGACUCUCACAUGAGGAACAUGUUUGUGUCCAUCGCCCAGCGUGCCGGGGGCAACAAGCUGCAGUACAGAAUAAAGUCUGAAAAGAACACGUGGCGCGAAGCAGAAAUGAUGCUGUACAUGAUGCGGACGAUACGGCUGAAGAACACGGUAGAGGUGCGGCACGUGAGCGCCCCUUUCCGCGUCACAUGGUACAGGGACUGGAAGCUCGACGGUUUCCCCGAACUGAUUCAUCGCUGGGAAACGAACCAGGAGCUCAGGCCUUCGCUGGUCAUUACAGGAGGAGGACUACACUGGAUGAAAACCAACCCCCCUCGAACGGGCGCCCCCUUCAGGACCUUCCUCGUUUCCCUGGCGCCUCACCUGCGCCGCCUCGCAGCCGCCGUGCCCGUCUACUUCAAGCUGAUCGACUACGUGCCGAGAGCCUACACCCAAGCAAAAAAGUAUCCAAACUUCAACCCGCGAGCCAUUAGUCUGUACAAUUCCAUAGCGAGGCAGCAAUUGCAGGCAACUGGUGUGGUCAUCUGGGACAGCACGUUAAGAUUGUCGGUUGCCUACUCGGAAGAGUGCGUCAGAUCCAACAGGGUCACGCCAGGCAACCAUGACUGGAAUUGCGAAGACAACGGACAUAUAGGUUACAUCAUGCUAGAGCAGUAUACUGAUAUGAUAUAUAAUGCUUUUUGCAACAGGUUUCUAAACUUGACUAACGAUUAUUGUAACAUUUAACGCUGACAAUUUUUAUUGAGUAAAAAAUAAGGAGGACUGAUUUUGUUGUAUAAUAUACACUCAGUAUUUCCUUGAAAGUGUCAUAUCCUAUGUAGUAUUAGAGAGAGAGAGUGAGUGAGUGAGUCCAUUCAAUUGUUGCAGGUAGGGUAUGACUACAUACUGGAGAACGCAGUGUGACUGAUCUAUUUAUUGUUUUGUUCGUAUAAACAUGUCUACGAACCUUGCCCAGUAAAUAAUUUCGUUGUAUUUGUAAACAGUAUUAUUUAAUUAAACUGCUUAUAAUGUUUUCUGUUGAUAACAUUUGUCCUUUAUAUUUGUUUAUAAAGAAGUUUGUUAUUCCAGCGUAGCCUUC